CGUAAUAUAAUGAUGGCUAAAUAAGUGUUACUCAAACUCCCUCAUUUAUAUUUCCACAAUUAUUUGUUCACAUUAACAUUAAAAUCGAAACAAAACCAAUAUAUUAAAAAUCAAGUAAAUAUGAAUUAAAGGUCAUACCUCACCGAUUUUAUCGGCACUUAGAUAUGUUGUGGGGAAGGGAUUUCUGAAUAAUUCCUCGUAAGAAUUUAGUGCGAGACGGCAUUGGUUUAGAAGAUAUAAGAGAUUGAAUUUUGAAAAUUUUAAUUUUAAUUUUUUUAUCUAAAAUUCCAGGAAAAAAUAUGUGAUAUAAUUAUAUCAUAGAUUAUAUAAUUCCUUCAAACCGUUUUUUAUAAUUGAUUAUAUUUGUUUUAGUUAUUAAAGACAUCAGGUGGUUAUAUAUCGGUGUUGCUGGCGCAUCAGGAAUAGAAAACAAAAAUCUAGAAACCAAUUUAUCUAAUUUCUAAUUUCUAAUUUUGAGGGAGAUGUAACAAUUCAUAUAUUUGUUUAGUUAGUUUUUGCAUACUUAUUAUGCGAAUAUUAUCUUCACUUAAAGGAAUAUGUACACAUCAUACACUUAUUAUAACUUUUUGUAAUAACUUUCUCCUAACAGCUAACAAUUAAGAUAAUCUUUUUCUUCAUAUAGGAGUCAUAAAUCAAAAAGCGUCAAGUUAUUUAUAUCCUAUUGAAUGUUAUCAUUAAUCAUUAAUAAGUCAAAAUAUAAUUAAUAAAUAUAAGAAAAUAUAGGGUACUUAAUGUAUCGAAUAUUUCUAAAUAUUAAAGAUUAAAAGAAAUAUAUAUCUCUAUCAAUAUUACAAAUUGUUACCAUGUUUCGCUUGUAUAUACAUAUGUUAAUCUAAAAAUCUCACAGAUUUAAUUCUGCUAUAGUAUGAUACUUACUGCGAUAUAUUGUCAUAAAUACGUCAUUUAUAAGUUUUGGGAGAGUCUUCAACUUUCAGCAAUAGAGUCGUCAAAGAUGUGACACCUACUAACGUAAAUAGUAAGUAUAUGCUCACAAGUACUACAUCAAAUAUGUGUAGCUCAGCAUACGUCGACACAACUACGCAAGUAUAAUUUCACACAUAUUGAAUUUAUUUGCCGUAGCUAUACAACACUGAUGAAAUCAUAGACAUAUAUGACGAAGGGGAAACAAAACGAGAUGUAAAACUUUUGUAAUUUCCUUUUUAGUUUGACAAACUUCCAUACUCGUGUCGCUGAUAGUUUCAGUAAAGUAACAGAUCAAUACCAUCGCCGCAGCAGGAUCGGUUUUAGAAAAGUUCAAAUUCAUGCGUAUUAAAACAAUACGUAAUUCAAUUUAAUUUUCUCUUCGAGAUUUUCCCCAUGUAAAAAACGAACAAAUUUAAUAGGACUAAAUGAUCAGAUUUAUUAAAAUAAAUUGCUUAUAGACCUUAAUAAGUCUCUUUAAUAAUUAUAUUAUUUUUAAUAACUAUGUCUUUAUUUUUAUUUCUCAGCACUUAAAGUGUAAUCAUUAAUUGUAAGAUGUACAAUACAUUUCAGUUUAGUCUUCAAAACUAUGUCCAAUCGUGUAAUAUUUAAAGAUUCUCAGAAUGCGGGCGGCCCUACAUACACAAGCAUUGUAAAAGUUUUUUUAUCCAGCACCUUCGGCCUCAAGCAUUUAGUUUUUCAAUUAUGACAAGCAUGAGUAGGUAUAAACAUCACCCUUCUGUAAUGUUCUCCAUUAGGUAUUGCAUUAUUAAUGUGCGUUGUAUACACCCCUAAACAGCAGCAUUAUACUUCCAGUAAUUUAAGAGCUCUUCUGUGACACGCGAUGAUUUACCAUCCUAAACGUGAUGUAAAGAAAGCCAUAUUCAGUCCUUUCAUAGACGUUAAUAUGGACGUUUCGCAGCGUUCAGCAUACAGAGCAGACUAUGAAUGGACCAUUGAAUUAAAUCGAUUCAGUUUAACAUUGCUCGGCAUUUGGCCAGAGAACCACGAAACAAAGCAGAAAAAAUUAAUAUCGGACAUACGUGUGAUCAUUACAUUAAAUCUAAUUACCUGGACCUGCAUUAUUCCAUCUUUACAUUCAUUGCUGAAGAUUUACGAUGACAUAAUGUCGACAAUCGAUAAUUUACAAUACACUUUGCCGAUGCUGAUGGCGAUAAUAAAACUAUUCAUCCUUUGGCAAAACAAAUAUGACAUUUUACCUCUAUUGAAUAUGAUCAAAGACGAUUGGCAAAAAGAAAAUACACCGGAAGAAAGGAACGUUAUGGUAAAGCAAGCGCGAAUAGCACGCAUUCUCAUGCUAUUAGGUUGCUUCAUGAUGCUAGUAACUGCCAUCUUUAUUGUUGCCCUUCCCCUUUUUGGUAUUUCAAUCAGAUAUAGGACAAACAGAACGGAUCCGGACAAAUCUUUGCCGUUUCAAACAUAUUACGUAUACGAUAAAGACAAGAGUCCAUUUUUUGAAAUAAUGUAUAUUCUACAGAGUAUUUCAGCAAUACUACUCGCCUUCAUGUAUUCUAGUACGGACAGCUUCCUGAGUUUGUUAGUCUUUCAUGUGUGUGGUCAGCUGAAAAAUCUCGAGAAACGUAUAAUGGAUUUUGAUAAGUUUCAGGACUUUAGGAAUGUCCUAUCAUACAAUGUUCGGGAUCACAUACGUCUUAUCAGAUCUAUCAAUAUCAUUGACAAUGUGUUUACUAUAAUGCUGCUAGGAGCACUCCUUUACUUUGGCAUAUUAUUCGCUUUUUACGGUUUUUUAUUUGGUACUAUGUUUAGUCAAGGUCGAAACCUUUCUGUUGCACGUUUAUCUUUCAUCGUGAUAGUAUCUCUCAAUAUAUUUAUGCAUAUGUGUCUCUACUGUGUUUUAGGUGAAAUUUUGCUGGCACAAUGCGAGGCAGUUUACGAGGCUGUGUACAAGUACAACUGGUACACAUUGGAAUCGAAGAAAGUGAGAAACUUAUUGAUGAUAAUGACUCGUGCCAACAAGCCACUGUAUCUUACUGCGGGAAAAUUGUUCCCAAUGACUAUGGCUAUGUUUUGUAACUUGUUAAAGACAUCAGGUGGUUAUAUAUCAGUUUUGCUGGCGCAUCGGGAAUAAAAAAACUAAUAUCUAUAAACCGAUCUACGUAUAUCUAAUUUUGAAGAAGAUGUAACAACUCAUAUUUAUAGUUUGUUUUUGCAUAUGUAUUAUACGAAUAGUAUCUUUACUUAAAUGAAAAUGUACAUGUCAUACAUUCAGUAUAUGUAAUACCUUUCUCGCAAUAUCUAAUAAUUAAGAUUGAAAUUCUUUUUCUUCAUAUAGGAAUCAUAUAUCAAUCGUUAAGUCACUCUUAUUUCUUACUAAGUACUGUUAUUAACAAGUUAAAUAAAUUAUUUAGGAAACAUA